GGCACACGGUCUCUGGCUGUCAAGCCUCUCUCGUCUCGAACUAGAUAAUUCGUCUUUGAGUUCAAUGAGUGGAGAGUAGUGCACAUGAACUGAACAGACGACAAAUCAUAAAGCUUACUGAGCAUAUUCCGCUGGAGGAAAACCCCCCUCAGAAACAUUUCCAGCUGCAGUCAUAUCGAAGAUGCAACGAUGACUCAACCACAGCUGAAUGAGUUCAUUCCCCCUCCGGAGUGCCCUGUUUUUGAGCCCAGCUGGGAGGAAUUUGCCGACCCUUUUGCGUACAUCAACAAAAUACGUCCCAUUGCAGAGAAAACUGGCAUUUGCAAAGUCCGACCACCGCCGGACUGGCAGCCUCCGUUUGCCUGUGAUGUUGACAGACUGAAGUUCACACCGCGGAUACAAAGGCUCAAUGAGCUCGAGGCUCAGACGAGAGUGAAGCUCAACUUCCUGGAUCAAAUAGCAAAAUUCUGGGAGCUACAAGGAUGCACUCUGAAAAUCCCUCAUGUGGAGAGGAAGAUUUUGGACCUCUACCAGCUGAAUAAGCUGGUGAAUGAGGAAGGAGGCUUCGAUGCUGUCUGCAGGGAGAGGAGAUGGACAAAGAUCUCCGUCAAGAUGGGCUUUGCUCCUGGCAAAGCGAUUGGCUCCCACCUGCGGGCGCACUAUGAGAGGAUCCUUUUCCCAUACAACCUGUUCCAGACUGGAGACAAUCUGCCUAGAGCCACCUUGACCAAUGACACUAAAGAUAAGGAAUACACUCCUCAUGACCUGCCGCAGAGACAGUCUGUCCAGCCCCAGGAGACCUGCAGCAUCGCUCGCCGAGCAAAACGGAUGAGAUCAGAAAGAGGCUGUGUUAAAGCAGAGCCUGGGGAAAUUUGUGAAAACCGCCCCAAUCUCAGGAGGAGGAUGGGAACGUAUUCUGCUAAACGUGAACCGAUGAGGAUGGCGAUCACUGAGGUGAAGGAGGAACCCUUGGAUCUCAAAGAUUAUGAAGGAAUUGUAUUAAAUACAAUAAACAAGCCUCCUUCUAGCAAAGUGGACACGUACAUGUGCCUGGUGUGUGGCACUGGGACUGCAGAGGACCGCCUGCUGCUGUGUGACGGCUGUGAUGACAGCUAUCACAUCUUCUGUCUGAUCCCGCCCCUCCAUGAUGUCCCCAAAGGAGACUGGAGGUGUCCCAAGUGCCUGGCUGAGGAAUGUGGCAAACCCCCUGUUGCUUUUGGCUUUGAGCAGGCAAGCAGGAGCUACACCCUCCAAGCUUUUGGGGACAUGGCUGAUUCAUUUAAAUCAGAUUAUUUCAACAUGCCAGUUCAUAUGGUCCCUACUGAGCUGGUGGAGAAGGAGUUCUGGCGUCUCGUCAGCACCAUCGAGGACGACGUCACCGUGGAGUACGGAGCAGACAUCGCUUCCAAGGAGUUUGGGAGUGGUUUCCCUUUGAGUAACAGCCAUUUUGAAGUCGUUCCUGAGGACGAGCAUUACCUGAGCAGCGGCUGGAACCUGAACAACAUGCCGGUGUUCGAUGGCUCGGUGCUGACUCACAUUACAGCCGACAUCUGUGGGAUGAAGUUACCCUGGCUGUAUGUGGGCAUGUGCUUCUCCUCCUUCUGCUGGCAUAUUGAGGACCACUGGAGUUAUUCUAUUAACUACCUUCACUGGGGGGAGCCAAAGACGUGGUACGGCGCUCCUGGUUAUGCUGCAGAGCACCUCGAGUCCGUCAUGAAGAAUCUGGCACCUGAGCUGUUUGAGUCCCAGCCAGAUCUCCUUCACCAGCUGGUCACCAUCAUGAACCCCAACACGCUGAUGAACAACGGCGUCCCGAUCUAUCGCACCAACCAGUGUGCAGGCGAGUUUGUCAUCACUUUCCCCAGAGCUUACCACAGUGGAUUCAACCAAGGCUUCAACUUUGCAGAAGCUGUCAACUUUUGCACAACAGACUGGAUGCCCAUUGGCCGUAAAUGCAUCAGCCAUUAUCGCCAGCUGAGCAGAUACUGUGUCUUCUCCCACGACGAGAUGGUUUGUAACAUGGCCUGUAAAGCCGACGCAAUGGAUGUGGACUUGGCAUCAGCAGUGCAGAAAGAGAUGACGGUCAUGUUGAAAGAGGAGGAAGAACUGAGGGAAAAGAUUAAAAAGAUGGGUGUGGUGCAAUCUCGACAAGUUGAUUAUGAGGUGCUCCCAGACGAGGAGCGGCAGUGCUGCAAGUGUCGGACCACCUGCUACCUGUCUGGCAUCACUUGUGCCUGCAGUCCUGGCAAGAUGGUUUGUCUGUACCACGCCAAGGACCUGUGCCCCUGUCCUCAUGGCAGCCUUUCACUCCAUUACAAGUUUACACUGGACGAGUUGUAUCAGAUGUUUGCAUCAGUGAAGCUGCGUGCAGAGUCCUAUAAAGAGUGGCUCUGUAGCGUGCAGGACAUCCUGGAGAACAGAGGAGGCAAGAAAAGAGGUUUGGAAGAGCUCCACAGCCUGGUGGAGCAGGCAGAAACAAAGGCCUUCCCACAAGCCUGCCUCCUGGAUCAGCUGCGUGUGGUCGCCUCAGAGGCUGAUAAAGUUGCUGUGAUGGCACAACAGCUUCUCAACGGAAAGAGGCAGACGAGGUAUCGCUCUGGAGGAGGAAAGUCUCAAAACCAUAAUGAGCUGACUGUGGAGGAGCUGAGGUCUUUUGUCCGACAGUUUGACAGCCUGCCAUGCAACAUCAGACAGGCUCCUUUACUGAAGGACCUGUUGACCCGGGUGGAUGACUUCCGGCAGCGCAGUGAUCGCCUCCUCUCUGACGAGUCGCCCAGCCCGCAGGAGCUGCAGGAGCUGCUGGACGUGAGCCUGGGCCUGGACGUGGAGCUGCCUCAGCUGCCCCUGCUGCGUGAGCGACUAGAGCAGGCCCGGUGGCUGGAGGCCGUGCAGCAGGCCAGCUGCAGACCAGAGAGCCUUUGUCUGGACACCAUGAGAAGGCUGAUAGACCAGGGUGUGGGCUUGGCUCCUCACAGCUCUGUGGAAAGGGCCAUGGCUCGCCUGCAGGAGCUGCUGACUGUGUCCGAGCAGUGGGAGGAGCGGGUGCUCGGUCUGGUGGAAGCCAGGCCGUAUCACGGCAUAGAGACACUAGAUGCUGCUCUACAGGAAGUAGAAAACAUCCCUGCAUAUCUCCCCAACUGUCUGCAGCUGAAGGACGUCGUCACCAAGGCCAGGAAGUGGCUUCAAGAAGCUGAAGCUCUCCAGCUUGGGGGUCGUAUACCCGUGCUGGAAAGCCUCUCUGAGCUGGUUCUCAGAGCAGAAAGUAUCCCUGUGAGACUGGACCCGCUCAGUCGAUUGGAGGCUCUCAUUAGUGACGUUCAGGCCUGGAAGGAGAGCGCAGCAAAGACAUUCCUACUGAAAAACUCUCCCUUCUCUCUCCUUGAGGUGCUUUGCCCGAGAUGUGAUGUAGGGACGGGAUAUCAGAAGUCAAAGUCGAAGAAGGCAAAAGAAGCCUCACAGAACUGUAAAAAAUCUUUGACAAGACUGGAUUCUCUGAGUGACGUGGAGAGAGCUCUCUCUGAGAGCAAGGACUCCCCCUCUGCAAUGGCCACGCUUGCUGAAGUCCACCAGAGAGAGAUGGAGAUCUUGCUGGCUCUUCGUGCUUCAAACGAGUCCAAGCUUUUACCUGCUGAAAACUGCUGUGCACUUAGUGUUUGUGUUUGCCAAAAGGCCCCUUCAGGUGCCAUGGUGCAGUGUGAGCUCUGUCGAGAGGUGUUCCACUGCAGCUGCGUUGCAACAACCACAGAGCUCGAGUACGGCCAAGCCUGGCUUUGCCCACUUUGCCAGCGGUCGAGGAAACCCCCUCUGGACAAGGUUCUGCCCCUUUUAGCUUCACUACAGAGGAUUCGAGUUCGACUCCCCGAGGGAGACGCACUGCGGUUCCUCAUUGAGAGGACAGUGCGAUGGCAGCACCGAGUUCAGCAGGCAUGCACAGAUGGAGUGCUGGAGAAAGUGUCAAAGAUGGGAAGAGUUGGGCUGUCUUCUAAUCUGCCUCAGGAAAGAAAUGGUUCACUUUUUUACACAGAACACCAGUGUGUUCCACUCCAGGGUCUGGGUCCUGAGCUGGAGGAGCUGAUGGUGGAAGGUUUUCUGCUGCAGGUUACUUUACCUGAGACAGAGCAGUUAUACAGAUACCUGCUGUACAAACUGGCACCCCGGCCGUCACACAGUUCACCCUGUGGGAGCGACACAGACCAGGACUUAGAGUCUCCAGGAGGGAGCCCCCAACAUAAAAAGAAUGGAGUUUCUAGUCUUAAAAAGGAGGCAGUGAACGGUCAGAGCAAAAGGACCAAGCGGCGGAAGGAUAGCUCGGACUCUCAGCACAGCGAAAAGGCCAAGAAGAGCCGCAAGAAGAAGUCAAAGAAAAGCAAAGAGAGGAGUGGAGAAACAAAGAGGACUUGUUCUCCCUCGCACACAGUGUCAGACCUUGCUCCCUCUGAUUCAGAGGAGGACUUCUCACUGUGUGCUGCACCAUGGUGCAGAGAGCCAGAGGGAGACGAGGUGAACUGGGUCCAAUGUGACGGCAGCUGCAAUCAGUGGUUCCACCAGGUCUGUGUAGGACUUUCAGCUGAGCGAGCAGAGAAGGAGGACUAUAUUUGCAUAAGCUGCACACAGCCAGACUAUGACCGAGGAGAAUGAAGACCAAAAAGUGACUUUGAAGGAUCAGCAGUUUUUUGUUGCAGGCUGCAGCACUUAAGCGCACACCUGAACUCCGUGUCCUGCGGCUCCUCCCCUUUACCUUCUGGCUUACCCUUAGUGAACAUGGUGCUAUUUACUGUUUUUUUCCAGACUUACAAAAGACUUUCUGUCACCGUUUUUCGUCACAUGGCUGCUUUUUCAGCCAAUCAACUAAUCCUUUCUGAAACUUUCCAAGACUUGCUGCAGGUGUAUUAAAUGGCAAACUGUUUCCAGGACAGUGCAGGGAUUUUGCAACCAAAAAAAAAAGUCAAUUUGA